AUGUCGUCCAGACUUCCCGCCCGCAUCGUACCCCGCGCGACUCGCGUGGCUCGCACCACCAAAUCCACCCCUCGUCGUUUCCAGUCCACAGCUUCUUCCACCACACAAGCCGCAGCCAAUGCCGCCCCCAGCGGGACAGGUCACUUCGCUUCCGGCGUUGCUGGCGGUAUCGCCGGCGCUGCCCUCCUCUAUGGAAUUUACACCAUGACCCCAUCGGGCAAGAUGAUGAAGACGAUGAACGCAACCGUCAAGGAGACCAACAAGAAGUAUGAACAGCUCGCCGCCACCCUCAAGAACAAGACUCCCUCCACCGAUGAGGCUCUUGGCAAGGUCAAGGAGGUCUGCUACUCCUAUGCUGGCUGGGUACCAGGAGGCCGUCAGUAUGUCGAUGUUGCCUUCAAGGAUAUUGAAGACAUUCGGGACGCGAACAAGGAAGAGGUUGACAAGCUCGUCGCCGAGACAUACAAGGAGUUUCAGAACAUCACGGCUGCCGGCCUGACUCUCGAGGCCGCUUCCCGCAGCUGGGAGGCCCUGCAAAAGCUGAGCCAGAGAAUUGCCAACCUCAGCGCGAAUGCUUCGGAGCAACUGCUCGAUAACCACCCUCAGCUCAAGGAGAAGUUUGGCGGCUCUUUCGACACCCUGAAGCAGAUGGGCUCUCAGUACGGACCAGAGGCCAAGAAAAUCGUGGACGACACAUGGAAGCAAGUGAACGACAUCAUCAAGGGUGGCUUCACCACCGAGAAUGCCGACAAGGUGCGGAAGUUGGUCGAGGAGAAGACACAGCAGGUGCGCAAGAUGGGUGACCAGGUCUGGGACAAGGGCUUGGAAACUGCCAAGCCUUAUCUUGACAAGAGCCCUGCGGUCAGAGACCUGAUCAACAAUAACAAGGACAUCCUCAAGCAAGGAAAUGCCUCGGAGCUGUUUUCCAAAAUCAAGAGCAUGUCCGAGAGCGGUGACUCGAGCAAGCUGGAAGACUAUGUGAAGCAGGCCGUCAACAAGGCCAAGGAGUCCGGGGACACGGGCAAGAGCUGGACCAGUUCUAUUGUGGGAGGAAGCACUGGUUUCGGUGUGCUGAGCCAGUUCCUUGGUUCGUCAUCCGAGGGCGUAACACAGAAGGUCAAGGACAACAUUGGUGUCUUGUCCGAGGUGUAUAAGAAGCAUUCAGACGAGGGUCAAAAGCUGUUGGAGGAGACACAGGAGGACUUGCGCAAGCUGUUGGAGGAGAAGGCGAAGAAGGCCCAAAAGAUUGCCGAUGCUGCUGCCAAGGGACAAUGA